AGAAAAGAGAUGAGUGUCAAGUUCAGUUGAAAUUUUCAAUUCGAAACGCAAAUUAAUUCAAAAAAAAAGAAAGUGUAACAUGAUAAUUUUAAUAGAAUCCACUUGCCAAUCAUAAUUUCCAGAACUUUUAUUUUCCCUCCCAUGAAAAUAAAUGAUAAUAUUUAAUAAAAUUUCAUUCCAAACGUGAAAGUAUUGACCAUAACAUCAAAGUGUAAUCUCCAUCUCGAUAAAAUUGUGAUUAAAGAUUAAACUGGAUUAGCGAGAAUCCAAUUGUGCUACCAAAGUGAUUAUUCAAGAAUUGAUCUUUCGUCCCUCGAAAAAUAUCAACUCGAUACUCCGAUUAUCAUGAGCCUGGAAUCAGAGGAUAUGCUUCGUCAAUCAUGUCUUAAUAGACACAAUGAAACCACAGAAUUGACAGAUAAUCAUGAAAGCUGGUGCAGUGCUAUUUGGGAUGGUGUUUAUUGCUGGCCACCGGUCAAGGCAAAUACCCGGAUACGGAUAUCAUGUCACACAAUUUUCGAGACUUCAAAGUUAAAUGUCCAAUCAAGUUAUAUUUAUUCUGAUCCAGAAGCCUUUCGUCAUUGUGAUUCAUCUGGAAAUUGGUCGAAUGGAAAUUGGACCAAUUACACCCAGUGCCUGAGUCUCCUCUCACCGUCUUCAGAUAAAUCGGUUCCUUAUGUAAUCGGAUAUAUACUUUUCAUUUGCUCAUCGAUUUCAAUUGUCCUCCUAUUGACCACAAUGUUCAUUUUCUUACAUUUUAAGAAACUUGAAUGUCCACGACUUCGAGUCCAUCGUAACCUGGUGUUCGCACUUAUUGUCCAUUGUCUUGCACUUUUAAUAAUUUCAUCUUCCAUCGUAUUUGAUAAUCACUUUCAAUUUGCUCGAGAAAAUUCGAUUCUCUGUAAAUUGGUUCUAUCAAUGAAAAUGUAUUCCGCUUUAUCCUCAAUAAACUGGAUGUUCAUCGAAGGCCUUUUACUUCAUAGUAGAGUGACCACUGGAAUUUUUCGUAAAAGUUUCCCAUUUAGACUUUAUUAUGCCAUCGGUUGGGGUAUCCCACUCUUCAUUAUACUCACAUGGGCUUACAUUGUUAACCAAACACUACACUCUCGAUGCUGGGAAGGAUAUGGAGAUAGAGCAACUAUAUGGAUUAUCACUGCUCCAAUGAUUUUAGCUUUACUGAUUAACUCAACGUUUCUGGUCAAUAUAAUUCGGAUUCUUGUAACUCAACUCAACCGGAAUCGAUCAGAGGAAACUAAUAAAAUCAGCAGAAAAGCAAUUAAAGCAACGAUACUUUUAUUCCCACUCCUGGGAACGACUCAUCUACUUUUCUGCUUCAACCCCAAGAAUAAUAAAGAGCUUGAAAUCGCCUACAUGAUAACGAAUGCUAUUCUUCAAUCGUCACAAGGAAUUUUUGUCUCAUUCUUUUAUUGUUUCGCCGAUAGUGAAGUUCAACGGGCGAUUCGACAUACAAUCAAACGUGGCUACUUAGGGCGAAGUUCAACCGUUAAUUCAAUGAGAAGCUGUUCAGCUCGAAAUAAUUUGAAAAACUUGGAAAUCAUCAGAUGAAAGCACUUCAACCUUUCCAACGAAUCAACUCACAAGAGAUUCAGAUUGAAACUGUUAAACAAAACAAUAUCUCAGCAAUUUGAUAAUUAAAUUGAUUGAUAUUCUAACCAGUAACAUAUACGGAAGCCUCAAGAUAAUUUUAAAAUAAUAUUGUUAACUUACCUUGGAUACUUUUAUCAACUAUGAUAACUUUUUGAUUAAAGAACUUUUUUCCUUUUUCUUACUUGAA